AUGACAGAAAAGACCCCGAGACCUAAAGGACGUCCGCGGAUUCUACCUAUAGUACAGCGAAAGAAAGUGUCUCGUGCUUGUGAUGUUUGCAAGAAACGCAAAAUGAAGGCACUCGAGUGUGUCUACUCGAAAAUUGAUGGCAGGUCAUUAAAGGCUAAAGUUUACCUGGAAAAAAUGAGAGAAAGUAUCAGUUUCGAAGGCGAUCGACAGGAUGGAAUCUCCUCUUCAUUAAAUGGCGACAACUUGGUUCCUGAUAUCCCCCCACUCACUCAUUCGCCAAAACAAAACCCAACGGGUUACCACGUGGAUCUGAUUGGGAAAACAUCACUGCCACCACUAUCCUUGAGUAUCAUUUGUGAGAAUUUGCAGACAGCCCUCACAACGGACCCUUUAACAACCCCGCCAACAAAAGAUUCAGAGCUGAAGGAGGGGCUUUCCAAUUUGAACGGUCAAUAUACAAGGCUUUUGACAACAAAGACUGGGAAUUUGAGAUUUUUUGGAGAAAGUAGUGCGCUCUCGUUAUUGGGAGAAUGCAGAAGCUUGUUUAGAGAUGUCUCUGGAACUAGUCGCUUUACUGAUGACCCUGUUCAGCAGUUUAUCACCGACGAGAGUGUCGAUUAUCGUUUUCUUCCUAUUCCUGUUCAGCUCCCAACAAAGGCGGAUGCAUUUAUAUUAAUCGACCUCUUCAAGACAAACAUCAACGAUACUUUCUACAUCUUCAAUAUGAAGUAUUUCCACAAACACAUUUUUGAGGAAAUUUAUCGUGACUCGGUCAAUUGCAGCUCCAAAAAAUUGUGCUUAUUGUACACUGUGUUUGCAAUCGGAAGGCUCUUUAGUGAAGGAUCACGUCAUUUGUGUCUCAAUUUGCCGACCCUGGAGGUAUUUUUCAACCUGGCGCAAGUUCUACUACGAAAUAAUGUGUUUGAUGGCAAGAUUUGGAUGUGCGAGGUUUACUUUCUCCAGUACUUUUAUUUCCAAUCGUGCUGCAACAGAUCAAAUGCAUGGAUGCAGCUUGGAUCUGCCAUCAGAAUAGCACAAGCAUUGGGUUUGCAUCGACGUUGUAUCAACGACAGAAUAACGAAUAGAGACAUUUUGAGCCACAGACGAAGAUUAUGGAGAAGUCUUUACGUUUGCGAUUGCGUUAGUAGUGUCAACUUGGGUCGCCCUUUAAUGAUUAAUGAUUAUGAUUACGAUGAUGCGGAUAGCAAGGUUGACGCUGAGGAUCUUGAAGAGGUGGAGAAAAUCCGCAUAUUAGCACAGAAAGCUACAGCUGAUAGUGCUGCUAUCAAUGCCAAGAUUGUUGAGAACAUUUUCAAGGAUGGAGUGGUGAAUAUCAAAAGAGCCCAUAUUUUGGCUUUGCAGUUAAAGUUAUGGUCCGUGCAGCUCCCCAAGGAGUUGCAAUUGAGUGCUGCAAUGGAGAGCCAGAUGGAAUCGGGAACUGAUCCAAAUAAUUACUUGUAUGUGUUUGUUCACAUUGGACAAUUGUACGGCAUAAUGACACUCACAAGACCAUUUUUGGUCUAUGUGAUGACGCGAAAGCUUAAACCAGAAACAAAGCAACAGGUGAAAGAUGAACAAAGUUUGAUGAACUUUUGCAAGGCAUGCAUCAAGGCAAGUUUUUUGGUGAUUAAACUAUUAAAGUUCUUUGUAACUCACAACCCACAUCGGAAAGAAGUGUUUACCAUACAAUCAGCAUGUUUCUUUGCGUCAAUCAUUUUGGGAUUCACAUUGUUAGAUCAACAAAACACAUCCAAGCCAGAUCUUCAUUACAUUUCGGUCUUGCAGGACACAUUGCAAGAUGGCUACAACAUCCUCAACAGUUAUGCCGACUUCAACAUCACAUGCAAGCGAUGGGCGACAAAUUUACAAAAUAUGAUGCAUCACUUGAAGCAGUUUGAACCGGCACCUAUUAGAAGAAGCAGUCAAUCACCACCAAUACUGCUCUCCGAGGGAGAUCCCGAGCCUUUCAAUGACGAGUUGAUUAGUUGGGGUAUAGACAAUAGGGCUUUGGAAGAGGUGCUAAAUUUUCAACAGUAUUUUGUUCCCAGCACUACAUCGAAGGAACUCGAUGAUAUAUUGAAUGGUACUUCCGAGAGUGACUAUCUCAACACCAACGAAGGCAGUGAUUUCUUAGACGCAUUCAAGUACGACAACGGAGAGCAUCUUAUUUUCGGGCAACGGAAGAGAAGCUCUGCGUAA